AUGAAAUUUCCAAUCGAGACGCCAAGAAAGCAGGUGAACUGGGAUCCUAAAGUGGCCGUGCCUGCAGCAGCCCCACCUGUGUGCCAGCCCAAGAGCGCCACUAACGGGCACCACCCUGUUCCCCGCCUCUCCAUUUCCUCCCGAGCCACGGUGGUAGCCAGGAUGGAAGGUGCCUCCCAGGGAGGCCUGCAAACAGUUAUGAAGUGGAAAACAGUGGUUGCCAUCUUUGUGGUUGUGGUGGUCUACCUCGUCACAGGAGGCCUUGUCUUCCGGGCGUUGGAACAGCCCUUUGAAAGCAGUCAGAAGAACACCAUUGCCUUGGAGAAGGCAGAAUUCUUGAGAGAUCAUAUCUGUGUGAGCCCUCAGGAGCUGGAGACACUGAUCCAGCAUGCGCUCGACGCUGACAAUGCAGGAGUCAGCCCAGUAGGAAAUUCUUCUCACAGCAGCAGUCACUGGGACCUGGGAAGUGCCUUCUUCUUUGCCGGAACUGUCAUCACGACCAUAGGGUAUGGGAAUAUUGCUCCAAGCACUGAAGGAGGCAAAAUCUUUUGUAUUUUAUAUGCCAUCUUUGGGAUCCCGCUUUUUGGUUUCUUAUUGGCUGGAAUUGGAGACCAACUUGGAACCAUCUUUGGCAAAAGCAUUGCAAGAGUGGAAAAGGUUUUUCGAAAAAAGCAAGUGAGUCAGACCAAGAUUCGGGUCAUCUCAACUAUUCUGUUCAUCUUGGCUGGCUGCAUCGUGUUUGUGACGAUCCCUGCUGUCAUUUUUAAAUACAUCGAGGGGUGGACAGCCUUGGAGUCCAUUUACUUUGUGGUGGUCACUCUGACCACAGUGGGCUUUGGUGAUUUCGUGGCAGGGGGAAACGCUGGCAUCAAUUACCGCGAGUGGUACAAGCCGCUGGUGUGGUUUUGGAUCCUUGUUGGUCUUGCCUACUUUGCAGCUGUCCUCAGUAUGAUCGGAGACUGGCUGCGGGUUUUAUCCAAAAAGACAAAAGAAGAGGUUGGUGAGAUCAAAGCCCACGCAGCUGAGUGGAAGGCUAAUGUUACUGCCGAGUUCCGGGAGACAAGAAGGCGGCUCAGCGUUGAGAUCCACGACAAGCUGCAGCGGGCAGCCACCAUCCGAAGCAUGGAGCGUCGGAGGCUGGGCUUGGACCAGAGGGCCCACUCGUUGGACAUGCUAUCCCCGGAGAAGCGCUCUGUCUUUGCAGCUCUGGACACAGGCCGUUUCAAGGCCUCAUCCCAGGAGAGCAUCAACAACAGACCCAACAACCUGCGCCUUAAAGGGUCAGAACAGCUCAACAAACAUGGGCAAGGCGCUUCUGAAGACAACAUCAUCAAUAAGUUCGGGUCCACCUCCAAACUCACCAAGAGGAAAAACAAAGAUCUCAAAAAGACCUUACCGGAGGAUGUUCAGAAAAUCUACAAAACUUUCCGGAAUUACUCUCUGGAUGAAGAGAAGAAAGAGGAGGAGACAGAAAAGAUGUGUAACUCAGACAACUCCAGCACAGCUAUGCUGACAGAAUGUAUACAGCAGCAAGCUGAGAUGGAGAAUGGAAUGGUACCCACAGACACCAAAGACCAGGGGCUGGAGAAUAACUCAUUACUUGAAGACAGAAACUAA